CAAACAGGAGAUAAUUCAGAAUUUUGAUUUGUGCGGCUUAAGGCUACUUUCCGAAGACAUGGGAGACGCAAUACUUUGUCCACUUAUGCUUACAUGCCCUGAGGUCCCGUCGUUAUGUGGAUGUUCAUCAGAAAUUGUCUAAAUGCUCUCGCUCGUGCCGCUUGUCUACCAUGUUCGUCAACACAAUUCUCGUGGGCUUUGAAGCCUUAGUACCGUUCGUUCCUCUUGGGCCAGUUCCUUGGCUCACAGACAUGCCCAAUGAUGGCUGGGUUUCUGUAUUUCCCAUAUCUACUCAAAAAGUACCACUGCUUGGCCUCCCCGAACCGAUAAAGGAGGCUGAUCUUGGUUAUAAAUAUGUAUAUGUGGCCGACGACUUGAGCUACGGCACUGCUUGUGGUUCACUGAAUCAAGGUUUGAAAUUAAUUAACCGCAUGCUGAUUAGGCAUACCAUUGGAAGGUUCCGACGCACCUACCACAGGGAUUCAUCACCAUGGGUAUUGCUGCGUCGAAGCAAGAUUUGCAAACAUUUGAUGAGCUUGAAGUCAUGUCAGUCUCUAUCAUUGACCAUAUUCUUGCUUCAUGCUUACUUGUUUGAUAUACGGAUAAUGUUCGGAGUUUGCAAAUAAAGUCUUGAUAACAAAGUCUGCAAACAUACAUAUACAACGUCUGGAAGAAAACUGGUCCGUGGCACUUGAAGCGUACGCUCUCUCAUCUAUAUAUGUGUAUUGUAAUGCUUAGGCCUGCUGUAUCAGUUCGACUGUUUGAUUGCUGCCCCUAGGGCCGCCUGUUCUUUGGUUGAGUUUUCAGCUGGUCUAUC